ACACAUCCCAGUGUCACCUUCUUACCAAGUCUUCCAGAGGAGAAGAUGUUCCUGGGUGAACGGGAAUGGGUUUGCCAUUACAGGAGUCAGUGACUUUUAGGGAUAUAGCUGUGCUCUUCAGCCGGAACGAGUGGUUGCACCUGGACUCUGCCCAGAGAACCUUGUACCGGGAGGUGAUGCUGGAGAACUACAGCACCCUGGUCUCGCUGGGGAUUCCAUUUUCAAUGCCAAAGUUGAUCUGCCAGUUGCAACAUGGAGAAGAUCCCUGUAUGGUGGAAAGAGAAAGCCCUCAAGAUACCUACCUAGGUUUCAAGACAUGGCCUGAAAUAGAAGCAUUGCCUCCUGAACAGGACAUUUCUAUAGAAGAAACAUCUCAGGGAAUAAUAAAGAAAAAAUCCAUUAAGUUUGGUCACUUGGAUGUCACGUUUGGAGAAACUUUGGAAUUUGAGGGCAGGAGACAGCAAGAGCAACAGAAGAAACCUCUCAGGCAAAUGAUUGCCUCAUACAAAAAAAACAUCAGUGAAGCUGGAAACCAGACAAGUCUUGAAUUAGGGAAAGGCUUAUUUAUAAAUACAGUUCUUGUUAGACAACAAAGUGCUCCUAUAGAAAGGAUACCCAAUAUAUAUUAUACUUUUGGGGGAGAUGUUAAACAGAAUUUUGAUCUAAUGAGAUGUUUCCAGAUUUACCCAGGAGAAAAAGCUCAUAUUUACAAUGAAUGUGGAAAAAGCUUCAACCAGAGUCUACAUCUUACUGAACACCAGAGAAUUCAUACUGGUGAGAAACCUUACAAAUGUGAUGAGUGUGGGAAAACCUUCAGCCACAGAUCAUCCCUUCUUGCCCAUCAGAGAAUUCAUACUGGAGAGAAACCUUACAAAUGUAAUGAAUGUGAGAAAGCAUUUAGCAGUAGUUCAACCCUUAUCAAACAUCUGAGAGUGCAUACUGGAGAGAAACCCUAUCAGUGCAAGGAAUGUGGUAAAGCCUUUAGCCAGUGUUCAACCCUCACUGUACAUCAGAGAAUUCAUACUGGAGAGAAACUCUAUAAAUGUGGAGAAUGUGAGAAGGCCUUCAAUUGUAGAGCAAAACUUCAUAGACAUCAAAGAAUCCAUACAGGUGAGAAACCCUAUAAAUGUAGUGAAUGUGGGAAAAGUUACAGCCAGUUUACAUCCCUGGCUGAACAUCAGAGGCUUCAUACUGGAGAACAACUGUGUAAAUGCUUGGAAUGUGGGAGAAACUUCACUCGCAUCUCAACCCUUAUUGAACAUCAGCGGAUUCAUACUGGACAAAAACCAUAUCAAUGUAAUGAAUGUGGGAAAGCCUUCAACCAGUAUUCAUCCUUUAAUGAGCAUCAGAAAAUUCAUACUGGGGAAAAACUUUACACAUGUGGAGAAUGUGGGAAAGCCCUUGGUUGCAAAUCUAACCUUUAUAGGCAUCAGAGAAUUCAUACUGGAGAGAAACCCUAUCCGUGUAAUCAGUGUGGAAAAGCUUUCAGCCAGUAUUCAUUCCUAACUGAACAUGAGAGAAUCCAUACUGGAGAGAAACUCUAUAAAUGUAUGGAGUGUGGGAAAGCCUACAGUUACAGAUCAAACCUUUGUAGACACAAAAAAGUUCACAAUAAAGAAAAACUCUAUAAAUGGAAGGAAUAUGGGAUCAGAGAAUUUCUUAGAGGAGAUAAGCCCUGUGAAGUUUAA